UCAAGCCAUGAUGAAUCGUAACAAGACUCUCAUGCUGUUCUCUGUCCUUUUCCUGUUCUUUUCUGUCGACUUGGCAUUCUCGACGCCAAACGACCGAGAAGAUCCAAUAAUCCAGCAGGUGGUCGAUAAGGGAGGAGCUGAGCAUCAAUUUAAUGAAUUCAAGCAAAGGUUUGGUAAGGUUUAUUCCUCCAAAGAUGAACAUGAUUAUAGGUUCAACGUCUUCAAGUCUAACCUUCACCGUGCUAAGAGACAUGUGAUAAUGGAUCCUUCGGCAACUCAUGGUGUUACAAGAUUCUCCGAUCUUACUCCGAGGGAGUUUCGUAAUAGCAUCUUGGGAUUAAAAGGAGUAGGGUUACCGAGACAUGCAAAAGCUGCACCUAUUCUUUCGUCCGAGAACCUUCCUCGUGAUUUUGAUUGGAGAGAAAAAGGAGCGGUUACCCCUGUUAGGAAUCAGGGUUUCUGUGGUUCGAGUUGGAGUUUCAGUACAAUUGGCGCACUCGAAGGUGCUAACUUCCUCUCUACUGGAGAACUCGUUAGUCUUAGUGAUCAACAACAUGUUGAUUGUGAUCAUGAGUACAUUAAAAAAUCUGGUGGUCUCAUGCGAGUGGAAGACUAUACUUAUUACAAGACAAACAUUGCACGAUCGGUGGCGGCAAAUUUCAGUUCUGUUUUAGUUGAUGACGACCAAAUUGCUGCCAAUCUUCUCAAAUAUGGACCUCUUGCUGUUGCCAUAAAUGCGGCAUACAUGCAGACAUACGUGGGAGGUGUAUCGUGCCCAUACACUUGUACAAGGAGGCUGGAUCAUGGAGUUUUGCUGGUGGGGUACGGUUCUGGAGCUUAUACGAAGGAGAAGCCGUAUUGGAUUGUUAAAAGCUCCUGGGGCGAGACGUGGGGAGAAAAUGGAUACUAUAAGAUUUGUAGGGGACGAAAUAUCUGUGGAGUGGACUCAAUGGUUUCUACUGUGGCUGCUGCUCAAACUACAACUCACUGACUGUAGUAUGUUUUCCAUCUCAUACUUGAACCAAUGGUUGGCCUCACUAUUUCUUGCACCGAAGAUGUCUUCCAGCACAUAACGUCUCGCUUGUAAAGCUCACACUAUUGUAGGAGACCGACAUAGUUUACUGUUAGUAGAUCCAUUUUGAACAUGAGACAUCUUAUCAAAUUGUAAAGACCCUACAGAGAUUGGAAAUGUAAUUAUCAUAAGAAUGAUAAAUUUUGAGAAUGC